AAUUAAAAUGAAUCUGUGGUGAAACUGAGCAAAAUGGCUGAGACAGAAACCGAUAAUAACAGUAUUAUAAGGCCUGAAAGAAAUAAUAGGGUCACAGUCCCUAGUAAUGGGCCCCGCCGCGUUACUAUCUAUAAAACAGAGACUGGUUUUGGUUUCAAUGUUCGAGGACAAGUGUCUGAAGGUGGGCAGCUUAGAUCGAUCAAUGGGGAACUCUAUGCUCCUCUGCAGCACGUCAGCGCUGUCCUGGAACAAGGAGCAGCUGAACUGGCUGGUAUCAGGAAAGGAGACAGAAUCCUCGAAGUCAACGGCGUGAACGUCGAAGGCUCAACACAUAGGCAGGUGGUCGACCUUAUCAAGUCGGGGGGCGACUGUCUCACACUCACAGUUAUCUCUGUCACGCAAAGGGAGGCAGAACGUUUAGAACCCUGUGAUGAUGGGUCAGCGCCAGUCGGAGUCAUCGGCGGCGCGGCCAACUCCCGCGCCACAGUCUACCAGCGGUACGACUACACAGACAAGCGGUCUCUGCCGGUCUCCAUCCCAGACUACCGCGUUGUUAUGGAGCGGAACACCGGCAGGUCGUACAUUGCGUUCAACGUACACAUGGCCGGGAGGCAUCUAUGUAGCAGACGAUAUAGAGAGUUCGCUGCUCUACACCAACAGCUGAGGAAGGAGUUUUUGGGAUUCAAUUUUCCAAAGCUACCGGGCAAAUGGCCGUUCAAUCUGAGUGAACAGCAGCUGGACGCGAGGCGGAGAGGACUUGAACAGUAUUUAGAGAAGGUGUGUGCAGUACGUGUAAUAGCUGAAUCAGAUGCGGUACAAGAGUUCCUAACCGAUUCCGAUGACUCCUCGAAUCCAACACCCGUGGAUCUGAAAGUCCUCCUUCCAGACAAGGAGGUGGUCACCGUCUCAGUUCUAAAGUCUACCAACGCGGAUGACGUGUACCGAGCUGUUUGUGAGAAGAUAGGUUUAUCGAAGUCGGUUCAGAAAUAUUUUUACCUGUUUGAAAUUGUGGAGUACAAUUUUGAACGCAAGCUCCAACCAAAUGAAUGUCCACACUCGCUAUACAUACAGAAUUACUCAACGGCAUCCAGCAGUUGCCUGUCGAUACGCAAGUGGCUGUUCAACCCCGAAAGAGAGAUAUCUGUUGUCAAAGAGGACAGUAAAGCUGCCGCAUUCAUAUUCUGGCAGGCCGUGGAGGACGUGAACCGCGGCGUGUGCGUGGCGGGCGCGCGGCUCUACCAGCUGAAGGCGCUGCAGGACGUGCGCCGCGCCGCCGACUACCUCGCGCUCGCCCGCACCCUGCCCGGCUACGGCGCGCUCGCCUUCCCGGCCGCGCGCGCCGACCACCACCACGCGGCCGCGCUCGCACUCACGCUCGGAUGGUCGGGGUUGCACGGACGACGGAAGGGCGCAGAUACUGGACGGUGGCGCAGACACUGGCGCGCGGACGACGACGCCGCCGCACUGCGGCUACACUACGGACGACAACAGAUACUACUGCACACGCCCUACUACCAAUUCCUAUGCAACUGCAUGGAUCGAAUAGCUGAGGAAGCGACCUGGGUGGAUACAGGAGAUUAAACAUCACCAUCAAAUCUAAUCCGCUCCAAGCGAUCCGGUAAUGCCAUCUCAACACGCCACCAUUUUUGGGGAACAAUUUCUAAACUUGCAACACUAGAAGGUAAAUAAAAUCGGCUCUCUAUAAAUACGAGAUCUUGAACAAAUAUUGGUAGCUAUUUUUGAAACUACUAAAAAAUAUUGACAAAAUGUUGCCAGUGUACGAAAAUUCUACUAAAAUGGUAGCGUUGUUGUGUCAAGCAGUAUGUUAAAAUAUUUAUCUAAAUUGUUCUAUCAGAACUAAACUAUUGUAUAUAAUUAGUUAUAAUAUGGUAUAUGUUAUAACUUUAGGGUCAAUUAAACAGUAUGAUGUCUAGUAUUGUAAGGUAGACGAAACAGGGAUAAGAGCAUUGUCUUAAAUUUUAAAUAUUACUAAUAGGAAAAUAUAUUAUUUCAUUAUUAUUUUUUUUGUAUUACAUUUUAUUUUGUACCU